UUCUGGAGUGGGCCACGUGAUUUAAACCCUGGUCUGACCAUACAGGUUCAUAUCUGCGUGAGUUGAGAGCAGGUGUGUCAUGUGAGUGCGUGCAGACGGAGGAUGGGAGAUUGACAAUAUGGUUCUCUAGGACCUCACAACUACUUUCAAAUUACCAUUGUGGAUUUUAUUUCCGGAGAUUGUGCUCAACUGAUCUAAUUAAAAAUUUCGGUCAAGGACAACGCAGUCCUGGAGUGCUGCACAACAUAUACCUUAUACAGGAGGGAUCAAGCACAAGGGUUUACGUCGGGCCAGUACGCCUGAACCAGGGGAAAGAGAAGCAUCUCGAAGGAAACAAGCAAUAUCAACCUUGGAAAGCCCCUUUUUGGCAUCAUGUCUGGGACGGAACUGGUUUUCUUCGUCAAUGGCGCAAAGGUGGUGGAGGCCCACCCUGACCCCGAGCUGACAUUGCUGCAAUAUCUUCGAAAACACUUGCGCCUGACAGGAAGUAAGCUUGGGUGUGGCGAGGGCGGUUGCGGCGCUUGUACUGUCAUGGUUUCCCGAUACGACAGACACACAGAUGCCAUUUCGCACUACUCCGUUAACGCAUGUCUUGCGCCAGUGUGUUCCUUGCAUGGUCUGUCUGUGACGACAGUGGAAGGAAUCGGGAGCACCAGGACUAGACUGCACCCAGUUCAGGAACAGCUGGCGAAAUCCCACGGCUCCCAGUGUGGCUUCUGUACCCCGGGGAUCGUUAUGUCCAUGUACACCCUCCUCCGAAACAACCCGUGGCCAACCAGAGAACAGAUAGAAGACAACUUCGAUGGCAAUCUGUGCCGUUGUACUGGAUACAGGCCUAUACUGCAAGGAUACAACUAUUUCGCCAAGGAUGGAUGUGGAAUGGGAGAAAACUGCUGUCGGUUGAAUUCAGGGGCAGAGUCAAAGGGAGUUCAAAAUGGUACAACACACGGAGACACUGGUAAUUCUGACGCAAUGACAAACAGGCAUAUGGCGUAUGAUCCUUCCCAGGAACCCAUCUUUCCACCUGAGCUGAAGACGAAGUCCGAGUUCUACCAGUCAUCUCUGAAAUUCACCAGCGACAGAGUGACAUGGUACCGGCCGGCAACCCUGGUAGAACUUCUGGACGUCAAGGCUAAUUUCCCCAAUGCUAAACUUGUCAUUGGGAAUUCUGAAAUAGGAAUUGAGACCAAGUUUAAGAAUAUGCACUACCCAGUGUUAGUUGCUGCAGGGAACAUUGCGGAACUGAACCUUGUAGAGCAUACGACCACUGGAAUAACACUGGGAGCGUCAGUUACCUUGGCAACCAUGGACGAGGUGCUUCGGAAGGCAGUAAAAGAGUUGCCAGAGUGCAAGACCCGCUCAUUCAGUGCCUUUGUUGAGAUGCUGAGGUGGUUUGCAGGGCAUCAGAUAAGGAACGUGGCGAGUAUUGGAGGCAACAUCAUGACUGCAAGUCCUAUAUCUGAUCUCAUCCCUCUCCUCAUGGCUGCAGGUGCAACGCUCACGGUCGGAAGUAAAGGUGAACCUCAAAGGACGGUAAGGAUGGACGGAGACUUUUUUAAAGGAUACAGAAAGAUAGCAGUGCAUCCCAAAGAGAUUCUGUUGUCGGUUCACCUUCCCUUUACAUCCGAGGACGAGUACUUCAGCGGAUUUAAACAGGCUCACCGUAAAGAUGACGACAUCUCCAUUGUGAACGCUGGAAUGAUGGUCAGAUUCAAACCAGGGACCAAUGUGGUGGAUGAUGCUAUCUUGGCAUACGGCGGCAUGGCUCCAACCACCGUGUUGGCGAAGAGGGCAAUGGAAGGACUGAAACAACAGACCUGGAAUGAUGUGCUGCUGGAGAGGACGUGUGAACAUUUGGCGAGUGACCUCCCUUUAUCCCCCGGCUCACCAGGUGGCAUGGUAGAAUAUCGUCGUACUCUCACAACCAGCUUCUUUUUCAAGUUCUACACUGACGUCACACAAAGACUGCAACAGACACCAGGAGGCAUUGUCCCCAGUGACGCUGUGAAGGACAUUGAGCGAAGGGUCAGCGAGGGGGUACAACUGUACGAGGCUGUACCAGACGACCAAGACCCGACUGAUGCAGUGGGAAGACCACUCGUACACACAUCCGCGCUGCAGCAGACCACAGGCGAGGCUGUGUACAUAGAUGACAUGCCCAUGAUUGAUGGUGAACUAUACGCUGCGUUUGUAUUCAGCACAAAGGCACAUGCUAAAAUCCUAUCAGUCGACGCCUCGGAGGCACUAAGUAUGCCUGGUGUAGUGGACUUUGUCAGCUUUAAAGACAUCCCGGCACUGACAACAUUUGGUGUUGCGAGUCAAGAUGAAAUGGAAAUAUUUGCUUCUAAAGAGGUAAUAUUCCAAGGUCAAAUCAUUGCUUGCAUCCUGGGAGAAACUCAGAUCGAGGCUCAGAGAGCGGCCAAAACUGUCAAGGUUGAAUAUGAAGACUUGACUCCCAUCAUCACCAUUGAGCAAGCGAUUCAGGAAAACUCGUUUUUCAAUCCCAAUAUAAGUGUGACAAACGGUGACCUUGACCUUGGUUUCCGCGAAUCAGAUCACGUGAUAGAGGACGAACUGCGGAUUGGUCCACAAGAACAUUUUUACUUGGAGACUAACGUGGCUGCAGCAAGACCAACCAAUGAGGAGGGAGGGAUGGAAAUUAUCUCCAGUACCCAAUUCCCAUCUGGAAUUCAGCAUCAAGUUGCAGCUGCACUUGGCGUUCCGGCUAACAAAAUAGUGUCAAGAGUUAAACGUAUAGGUGGUGGUUUUGGAGGGAAGGAAAGCAUCACGUCAUUUGUAGCGCUCCCUGUUGCUGUGGCCGCUGCUAAAGUCAACCGUCCAGUGAGGUGCAUGUUGGACAGAGAUGAAGACAUGGUACUCACAGGAGGGAGACAUGCCUUCCUUGCCCGGUAUAAGGCAGGAUUCAGCUCCGCGGGUCGCCUGCAAGCCCUGGACGUGAAGCUGUACGCCAACAGUGGGUGCACGCUGGAUCUCACAGUAGGGGUUUUAACACGUGCAGUGUUGACCGUUGAAAACGCUUACAACGUGCCCAACAUCCGGGUCGUGGGGUACAAGUGCAAGACCAAUAUCCCAACGGCCACUGCUUUCAGAGGGUUCGGGAGUCCACAGGCUAUGCUGGUCAGCGAGACAUUGAUGGAUGCUGUUGCUGAUGUCGUCGGUAAAGAACAGCAUGAGGUACGGCACAUUAACUUGUACCAUGAAGGGGAUCUGACGUACUAUGGGCAGGAGGUGAAGGGGGCCAACAUACGAAAGCUGUGGGAGGAUUGUAUGGUGCAGUCUCAGUACACGAGAAGGGAGAAGGAGGUGGAGGACUUCAACAAGGCUCAUCGAUGGAAGAAGAGGGGGAUUGCUUUAAUACCAACAAAAUACGCCCUUUCCUAUCCGAAGCCUACUAAUUUCUUCAAUCAGGCAUGUGCUCUUGUUACGGCCUACAUGGACGGGUCAGUGCUGGUGGCCCACUGUGGGACAGAGAUGGGACAGGGACUUCACACAAAGAUGAUACAGGUCGCCAGUCGAGCCCUUGGGAUCCCAGCCUCGCAAGUGUACAUCAACGACACGUGCACGGACAAAAUCCACAUGACCUGUCCAACAGCAGCUAGUACGGGUUCGGACCUCAACGGUGGAGCCGUGCAGAACGCUUGUGAGAUCCUGGCGAAGCGACUCUCCCCCUACAGAAAAGCGAAACCAGAAGGAACCUUUAAGGACUGGGUCAACACAGCCUACUUUGACAGAGUCCACCUCUCAGCGGCAGGAUAUCAUAGAACUGAAGGGCUGGACCACGAUCCUGUAACAAACAAGGGGAGAAUGUUCAACUACUUCACGUGUGGCGUGGCCUGCUCGGAGGUCGAGAUAGACUGUCUCACCGGCGAUCACCAGGUUCUACAAACUGACAUAGUUAUGGACGUUGGCAAAAGUUUGAAUCCUGCAAUAGACAUCGGGCAAAUAGAGGGCGCGUUCAUGCAAGGCUAUGGCCUGUACUGCCUAGAACAACACAAGACGAAUCCUUCGGGUUCUAUUCUCACAAGAGGUCCGGGGACAUACAAGAUUCCUGGUUUCAGAAACAUCCCAGUCAAGCUCAACGUGACGCUGCUCAAGGACAGCGUCAACCCCCGUGCAGUGUACUCAUCAAAGGGUAUAGGUGAGCCGCCGCUAUUUCUGGCCUCGUCGGUGUUCUUCGCCAUGAAGAACGCCAUCAAGUCUGCAAGACUGGACGCGGGGGAGAGCCGGGCCUUCCAACUGGACAGUCCAGCCACGCCAGAAAAAAUCAGGAUGGCGUGUAAGGAUAGGUUUACUAAACAGUUUCCUGCUGCGGAUGAGGGCAGUUACAAGCCGUGGUACGUGGAGCUGUAACCAUGGAGAUGAUGGACUAUCGUUGAUGUCAUGUGUGUCGACAUUGUGUCUUCUACAAGGAUAUACAGAGACGGACGUUAAUAAAACAAGAAGAGAAAAUCAUCUAUAACCCCGCCCUUUUCAAUAUGUGCAUAAAAUCACAAACAGCAUGUCAUAUACCUGAUCAUAAUAAUCAUAACAAAUCAUAAUCCUGAUUGGUUUGUGUGUGUCGUCCAAGGACGUAAAUGAGCAAUGAUACUUUUCAAUAGACAGAGCUUUUCACUCGUAGCAAGGUUAGACAAUGUCACGUGUUGAUUCCAAAGAUGAAACGUAAAAGUUAACCCAGAUAUCAGUACAUACAGAACUAUAUUGUCAGUAAAUAUAUAAAUCAGUAAAUAACAACACAAGAUCAGUGAAUAUUUAGCAAUUUUUAUUGACACCCACAGGACCGGGUUUACAAUCAUAAAAGGCAACACCAUGGGUCAAAUAUGUGACUGCAGCAACAUACGUCAAGCCUUCUUGUACAAGUCAGUACCAUGACAAAUGACAAGAAUUUGUCACAGCCGACUGUCCUCAAUGACGUAUUUGCUCCUUUCUUGAAUCUAGGAAACAAUGUUGGGAGCAGACAGAACAUUCCGUGAAUCCAGAUAGGUGUCUCGUCCGCACUGAGCAAAUAGAUACCAUCACCAAUGACAAGAAUUUGUCACAGCCGACUGUCCACAAUGAAGUACUUGCUCCUUUCUUGAAUCUAGGAACCAAUGUUGGAAGCAGGCUGUUAGAAUGUAAACUUAAGUUACUGUGUAUUGAUAUUUUAUGGACGUUUUAUUGGCACUAUUAUAUGCUUUAUACAUGUAUGUUAACCGGAAAUGAUGUUUGCCCCUGAUGUUUGAAUAUAUGUGUCUGUUGACAUUCAUGCAUUGUCGAUGUCAGACAUGUGUACGGCUCUGUGAAUAAAUCUUUUAUCCAACGAGAGUAGUUGAAGCCGCUAUCAAACAGAAGGUUAGAAGUAUGGCGAAUUCAACACAGGCAGAACAUUCGGUGAGUCCAGAUAGGUGUCUCGUCCGCGCUGAGCAAAUGAUAAGUCACAUCGUGGAAGGCCCCUUCAUAUAUCGUACAGCCAGGCCUCCAUAAGGAGCUUGUAUGAUGUAGUAAGUCCCACAAAUGCUUCGGCAACUGUAAACAAACUCCUCAUUGCAGAGCUCUCUAUACAAAGGGGUAACGAAGGUGUCCAGCCCUUUGACAGAUCGUGGCCUGGAAACAACUAAGGGAGGUCACUCCAAAUCACAAGCCCUUCCAUUAGCUGGAACAGAAAUAAACCCACAACAUAAACAGACACAUAACGAUAUACUAUUUUCUAACCACUUAAUCCAGAACAACAUAGUAAAGUAAUUAUUUAUAAAUAAUUCCCGAAUUGCUGCUCAUAAACACUGUUAACACUGCUUUGUUUAUAAAGACUGCAUCAACCAAGUCACCAAACCUGACGACCCAAUCCGGUCUGCUUUCAAAACAGGUAUAGGUUGCUGGGGACCUAUUUUAACCUGGAAUGCCAAGAGGAUUUGAUGACAUUUGAUCUGCUUACGAAGUUUCACCAAGACAUAUUGAAUGGUCCGGAAACGAUCCAUACACUCUUUUGAACCAGCUUGUUGAAAUAAAAAAAGAAAUAAAAAAAUGUCCUUAAUAGCGAAAACACCAGUUCAGUGCAUGUCUGAUGUGCAUGCAAAAUGUCAUAAGGUAAAGUUGAACGGUUUGUGAGAUUUGCUCCGGACCUAGCCCGUGUCUCUGUCCCCUACAAAACUGCAUGUGGGAGGAAAAUGUGCAUUCAAUUAUACACAAUAAGUCAUAUAUCAACCUCAUUAUAUCAGAUCUUACUGCUCGCUUGCGAUACACAAAGAUAUGAGAACAUCCCUCCACAGAUCAUGUCAGAACGACCUUCCGCGAACUUUGACCGACCAAUGAAAUGAUUAACAGGAAGUCGACAUUGGCCAAUCACAUAGCAGUUUUCAGGAUCUGAGCACAAGUUCAAAAUGACGGCUUCCAUUCCAGGCUACGCUUUGAAAUAUAUUUUGACUAAAUUCUCGAUUCAAAAUUUUAAAACGGUUUAGAAAACUGGAAAGUCUAACAGGUGGCCGAGAUGGCAUGGCAGUACUUUCCAUGGGUUAUGGAAGCCUCUUCCGUGACAAAUGUUGGAAACAUCCCUUUCGUCCGGAAUGCCCCGCGUGGCAACCUUUUCGAGGUUGCACGACAUGACCUGUGACGGGAUGUCCUCAUAUUUCUUUGUAGCGGUAUAUAUCAACACAUCGUACGAAUACAGUAUGUUAACGCUGCAAUAACUUGUAAAUGACAAAUUAGUUUCAAUAAAACAAUUUGAUGUUA